AUGUAUGGCUUUUAUAAAGAACCAACAGAACUAGAUCAGGAAUCCCGUCCAUCCCCUCCAAUUGCCACCCCCACCAAGUGGGAAAGCGCCAGCGCACCCUGGUCCAGGAUUCACAUCGACCUAGCGGGCCCGACACACGGCAAAAUGUUCCUGGUGGUCGUGGACUCUUACUCUAAAUGGAUUGACGUGGCACAACUGUCCACAACCACCACGCAAGCGGUCACCAAGGUAUUAACUCGCCUAUUCAUAACGCACGGGCUUCCAGACUCAAUUGUUUCCGACAAUGGCCCCCAGUUCGCAUCGGCUGAGUUCAGUUGCUUCGCUGCCAAUCUGGGCAUCCGCCACAUCUUCACGGCUCCCUUUCAUCCUGCCAGUAACGGGUUGGCAGAAAGAGCCAUUAGGACCACUAAAGAGGCUCUGGCUAGGUUCAGCAAGGAAGACUGGCACCACAAACUCUCCCGUUUCUUGCUGAGCCAGCACUCAACCCCAUGCACAGUCACUAAUAAGUCCCCGGCUGAACUCCUGAUGGGUAGA